CAGGGCUCAAACUCCUCCGCACCCGGAGCUCGCACCCUGUGGCAUGAGACUUUGUCACCCUCGUUAUCGUUAUCUCUGCUUCCCCAGAGCGACAGGAGCUUGCUGUUAGUGCCCUUUGUCAGUCAGAAGGAUGCUGGCUACCCGAGUGUCCCGGCCUCUCUCUCACUUCUCUGUGAGAACACUGAAGUUCAUGGACAUGAGAAAUGGCCCCAGGCCCAUGCGAGGGUUUAGCUUUCCUUUCUCGACCCCAAGUAGCAGUCCUCCUUCCGUGAAUGAAGUGGAGGAGAUUGGCAAAAGAUCUGUGCUCAUCACUGGCUGUGACUCUGGAUUUGGGUUCUCCUUAGCCAAACACCUGCACUCCAAAGGCUUCAUUGUCUUUGCUGGCUGCCUACAGAAGGACAAGGGAGAAGGGGGCUAUAAGGACCUGGAUGCCAUGAACAGCAACCGGAUGAGGACAGUCCAGCUCAAUGUCUGCGAUGGCAAGGAAGUGGAGCGAGCAGUUGAAUAUGUGAACACCAGCCUGGAUGACCCCGAUAGAGGGCUUUGGGGGCUGGUGAACAAUGCCGGGGUCUCCACCUUUGGAGAAGUAGAGUUCACCAGCAUGGACACAUAUAUGGAGGUAGCUGAAGUCAAUCUGUGGGGAACUGUCCGAACCACCAAGGCUUUCCUCCCUCUGAUCCGCAGGGCCAAAGGGCGCGUGGUGAACAUCAGCAGCAUGAUGGGCCGGAUGGGCAGCCCUGCCCGCUCCCCGUACUGCAUCACCAAGUUUGGCGUGGAAGCCUUCUCUGACUGCCUGCGCUACGAGAUGCACUCCCAAGGCGUGAAGGUCUGCAUUGUGGAGCCGGGAAACUUCAUUGCUGCCACCAGCCUCUACAGCCCUGAGCGCAUCAAAGCCAUUGCAGAUAAGAUGUGGGAAGAGCUCCCUGAAGUUGUGCGCAACGACUACGGCAGGGAGUACUUUGACGAGCAGGUCAGCAAGAUGGAGACAUACUGCAACAGCGGCUCAGUUGACACCUCGCCUGUCAUCGACAGCAUCUUCCACGCGCUGAGCUCCCCCACCCCCUACACCCGCUACCACCCCAUGGAUUACUACUGGUGGGUGCGCAUGCAGAUCAUGACGCAUAUGCCGGCUGCCAUUGCCGACCGGCUGUACGUCUACUGAGACAGCGUGUCAUGUCGCUCACAGCCAACCGGGGUGGGAAGUUUCCUUUAAAAGAGUGUAUUGUACCAAUUUCCCAUUCAUCACCUUUUUAAAAAAAAAUUUUUAAUCCAAUUUCCAAGUACUGUAACGUAGCUCUACAAAGUUAAUUUAAACAUCUGAGCGUAACUUAGCAGGCAGUAACUUUUGCAUGGGACAUUCUGUAGUCAGGAACAUGUGUAUAUCAUAGGGACACAUCUCUGCUAUUUAUUUCAAAUGUCCCUUUCUUUUUUCAUCUCCAAUGUCAAGUUAAAAUCCUUAUUUAAUCUGUGAUCGCUCUGAAGGGUUUUCAGUUGCCAGUGCUGGCAUUGUGCUAGCUUGGAGAAUCCCUGCCUCGGAGGUGGCCAGCACUCCAUCCAACACUGACCCUCCCUGCUGCCACGGCAUGUGGCUGACAGCUGCGUAGGCUUUUACCAGGACUGGUCACAGCAGCACACGGUGCAGUCGGGGUCCGUAAUCCAAGGAUCAGAACGCUCAACUUUAUGCCCACUGAAAUGGAGCAGCUGAGGCUAUGGCUGCCAUCCAUCCAUUUGAAUCACUGGAAGUCAGGCCCCAGGGAGCCAUUCGAUCUGUCUCUCUCUGUCACGCUUCAUUUCGUGGGUCCAAGCCCACAGCCCUACUCACCAGACUUUACACACGUGAGCAUUCCCCUCAUAGCCAGCAAGUGUGUGAAGGCACACGCAGGUGAGUGGGAGCUGCCAGACUGUUCCACGUUAAUAUUUCUUACCUCUGUGGCAGUAGUUGAAUGCUGCAACUCCAGCCAGAAAGCUCUGACACACAUUGUACUUGCACUCAUGUUGACAGAAGGGAGCCCAUUUCCACAGGAGAAUCAGUUCCUGUAUUAGCCAGACUCAGCCAACCCUGCGGUAGCAGAAGGUUAAGUUCACACUGACAAAUGAAUGUCAUCUUUACCGAGGACCUCAGAGUUGCAUCCGAAUAUUUGUAUGGCACCUUGCACAGGGGGCUGCAACCCUGGCAGGGUCUCUGAGCACUCUCACCUAUCAGUAACAAUAGUAAUAACUUACAUGGAAGAAGUCACUGAACUGAAACAUUUGUCUGCCUAAUGUAGCUUAGUAUGAACUUAGUAGAAAGCCAACAAAACCAUAAGGGCCAUUUUACUCUCCUCGGUGGUUAUGUUUACAUGACUUAGGAACAUUCUUUUGUACUGUAAAAAA